UAUAAGAACCCGCCCCGCUACAGGUCCGUUGAAACCCUCAAUUCCUAUCCUCAUCCUCAUCCUCCCUUGUAACCCCAUCAUACCCCAUAUCACCGGCCCCCAUACGAACAACAACAUCUCCUCGCACCUACAUAUCCCGCUUUGUCCCCAUUCUUGCCCUGCAAUUCGCCCCGUAGAAACCAACAGCAUCUGCAUCCGUGUCUCACCUGGAGCUGAGCUGAGAAGACAACCACGUCUGCCUGCAGAAAGAAAGAAAAAAAAAGCCUCCUUCCACUUCAGCCUUCGGGUUUCCCGCUUUUCUCUCCCGUAUAGCGCCCCUUCUUCCCACAUAAAUUCCAGUCGUCCCGCUUGCUUUCGGCCUUAGAUCCGCCCUGCCUGUCUGUCCCGUCAAUUGCUCACACUCCGCUUCAUCUUCACAGACCAAAUAAUAGUCAACAUGUCUCCUCCCGCUGCGAACGAGAACGGUAGCUCGAACGUCAACAAGGCCGAAUACAAGCGAAUCGAGACCACACCCAUCAACAGCCGGAAUCCCUACCAGCCCGUCCCCGACUUCCUGAGCAAUGUCAACUCUUUCAAGAUCAUCGAGAGCACCCUGAGAGAGGGAGAGCAGUUUGCCAACGCUUUCUUUGACACCGCGAAGAAGAUUGAGAUCGCCAAGGCGCUGGACGACUUCGGUGUUGACUACAUCGAAUUGACUAGCCCCGCGGCUUCGGAGCAGUCCCGCGCCGAUUGCGAGGCUAUCUGCAAGUUGGGAUUGAAGGCCAAGAUCUUGACCCACAUCCGAUGCCACAUGGACGAUGCCCGGAUAGCUGUCGAGACCGGUGUUGACGGUGUCGAUGUUGUCAUUGGCACUUCCUCGUUCCUGAGGGAGCACUCCCACGGAAAGGACAUGGCCUACAUCCACAGGACCGCAAUCGAGGUUAUCGAGUUCGUCAAGUCCAAGAACAUUGAGAUUCGGUUCUCGAGCGAGGACUCUUUCCGAUCCGACCUUGUCGAUCUUCUGAGCAUCUACAAGGCUGUCGACAAGGUCGGCGUCAACCGUGUGGGUAUUGCCGAUACCGUUGGAUGCGCUUCUCCCCGCCAAGUUUACGACUUGAUCCGCACUCUCCGUGGUGUCGUUUCUUGCGAUAUUGAGACUCACUUCCACAACGACACCGGAUGCGCCAUCGCGAACGCCUACUGUGCCCUCGAGGCUGGUGCCACCCACAUCGACACCAGUGUUCUCGGUAUCGGUGAGCGUAACGGAAUCACUCCCCUCGGUGGACUCAUGGCUCGCAUGAUCGUUGCCGACCCCGAGUACGUCAAGAACAAGUACAAGCUCCACAAGCUCAAGGACCUCGAGAACUUGGUCGCCGAGGCCGUUGAGGUCAACAUUCCCUUCAACAACUACAUCACCGGUUUCUGCGCCUUCACCCACAAGGCCGGUAUCCACGCCAAGGCUAUCCUCAACAACCCCAGCACAUACGAGAUCAUCAACCCCGCCGACUUCGGCAUCACCCGAUACGUCCACUUCGCCUCUCGGUUGACCGGAUGGAACGCCAUCAAGAGCCGAGUGGAGCAGCUGAACCUCGACAUGACCGACGCUCAGUGCAAGGAGUGCACCGCGAAGAUCAAGGCGCUUGCCGACAUCCGACCUUUGAACGUUGACGAUGUUGACUCCAUCAUCCGUCAAUACCACCUUCACAUCAAGAGUGGAGGCGAGACCCCUCUCGGCCUCGAGCUCCCCAGCCCGAUCGACGAGAUGGUUGUCGACGGCGAGCCAGCGGCCAAGAGACUUAAGCAGGAACUGGUCACGGACGCUGCUGCAUGCUGUUAAGCGCAGAGGUUGGGUGGAUGUGCCGGGUUUUCGGGUAUUUCAUAUAUUCUCCGCUGGAAGCCCGCUCAGACUACCAAAAAAAUAAUGGCGUUUUGAUUUACAUGAUAAAACUUCUAUAUCAUUUUCCCUUUUGUUUUUUCGUUUUUCUUGUUUGGGUUCAAGGCUGGGUAGCGUGGAAUGAGUCGCGAGGAUGUGCUUGCUUGUAUUCCGAGUUUCCACGAUGGACGGAACCGGUCAAUAAAAGUUGUCAGUCACUCGCUCGCACCAUUUGGCCAGAAAUAUCAUACCUCCCGUUUAAA